UCUUUUUCUUUUUUUUCUUCAAUAAACUGAUAUUUGGAUAAUUUGUCAAGUCCAGAAGCUGAAUUUGAGAAUUUGUGGGAAAGAGAAACUUUUGGAGCAAAAUGAACCUGGAACGGCCUUCUGAAGACCGUGCUCUGGAGAUCAUCUCCCUGGUCAGGGAAAAGUUUUCAAUCGAGUCUCCCCAGAUUUUCAUUUCGUUCACAACAAUUGUGAUGAACUUGUACUGUCUUCUGACUGUUCUUUCGUCUAAAGAUCUACGCAAGCAUGAAUACUAUCUGGUCAGCCUGCAGAGUUUCAUUGACUUUCUCUUCGGUGGGUUGCUUUCCUUGGCUCAUUAUUCUUUGGAGCUAAUCAAUGCCGGUCGAGUCUACUGCGACUUCAUGGACAAUCCGAUGCCAAACUUCUACCAGGUGUACAAUUUGGAUUCUGUCCAUGAUUUCUGUCAAACAUUCAACAUAAAACCGAAAGGCGACAUCGCCAAAUACUCUGGCCUUACUCGGCGCUUGAUCGAACUGUAUCCCUUCUGGGCACAAACUAUCCUCACUUUUGGGAUCGCUUUGGGAAGAUAUAUUCUAAUAUGUCAUGGAACUAGAGCCAAGACUUUGUUCAGACAGAAGAACAGAUUGAUUUAUUAUGGAAUUCUAACUUUUACUGCGUUGCUGAUACCGAGCAUGUAUGUCAUGGACUUCUCACGCAAAGCAGAAUUACAUGAACAUCAUUGCGUAGGGAGAGACUGCUGGAAUGCGGAGGGGGAUUACCGCCUAUACGAGGAAUUCACUGAAUAAUCUCAGCCAGACGAUAUUUAAG